AUGGCUUCGACGUCCGACGCCGGGGACGUGGAAGUCAGUCGAACCCGCCUUUGCGAUGAGUUUGCCGGCGUGACGGGCACCGAUAACGGCGUGGCACAGUGUUACUUGGCAGAGAAUGACUGGAACAUGGAAAGAGCUUUAAACUCAUUUUUCGAUGCUGACAUGGAGAAAGUAUUUGAAAAAGAGUGGACUGUAGAGCAAGAACCCGCGACUAAGAAACAAAAAGUGGAAGAAAAAUCUCCUGGAGCAUCAACUAUCGACCUAACUGGAGACAGUCCCGCCUCGUCACAAAAACCUCCCGAGGACGAAGACGGCGGCUCGGGCCUGACGCUGAUCUCGUGGAACGUGGACGGCCUGGACAUGGAGAACCUGGCUGAGCGCGCCAGAGGCCUUUGCUCCUACUUAGUGCUGUACACUCCAGAUGUGGUGUUCUUGCAGGAGCUUGUUCCACCUUACGUGCAGUAUUUGAAGAAACGCGCCGUCAGCUAUUUGUUCAUUGAAGGCGGCGAAGACGGCUACUUCACCGGCAUGAUGCUAAAGAAGUCUCGCGUGAAGCUCGUGGAGAGCGAGAUCGUCACUUACCCGACCACGCAGAUGAUGCGGAACCUGCUUAUCGCAAACGUGACGCUGCGCGGCUCUAAGGUGCGCUUGAUGACGUCGCACUUGGAGAGCUGCAAAGGCCACUCGGGCGAACGUGUGACGCAGCUGCGUGAGGUAAUGCGACGCAUGCGGGAGGCGCCCGACGAUGUCAGCGUGGUGUUCGGCGGCGACACUAACCUGCGCGACGCCGAGGUGGCGGCCGUGGGGCUCCCGCCCGCCGUCUGCGACGUGUGGGAGUGUUUGGGGCGACGCGAGCACUGCCGCUACACGUGGGACACCCGCGCCAACACCAACAAGCGCGCCCCAUACACCAGCCGCUGUCGCUUCGACCGCGUGUACCUUCGGCCCGCGUCCGCUCCCCAAAUGCCCCGCCUGGCCCCCGAUCACAUGGCUCUGGUGGGCUUGGAGAAGUUGGACUGUGGACGCUUCACCAGCGACCACUGGGGGAUCUACUGCAGCUUCGCCCCCACCCGCGCAAACGACGAUGCGUCUUAA